UGACGAUUUACGUUGAAUUUAUUUUCAUCCUCAGUUUUCAUUUCAAUUCCAAUGCCUUAAUUUUCCCUAUAAAUUACACAAUCAAUUGUCCAUCAAAUGAUCAUCCUUCUCUACCUGCAGAAACAAAUGAAGCUUUUAGCUCUUUCUCUAUUUUCACUUCUUUUCAUUUCAUCUGUUUCCGUGUCUAGAUCAAAGAAAAUCAACAAUGAAGACUUUCUCCAAUGCCUUUAUAACAAAUCCCAGCCAUCAAAUCCAAUUUCUGAAGCAAUCUACACGCCCAGCAAUUCUUCAUUCACAGAUGUUUUAGAGAGUUAUGUACGAAACCUCAGAUAUUCAACUCCUUCAACUCCAAAACCUCUUGCAGUUGUAGCAGCAAAGCAUGAAUCCCAUGUACAGGCAGCUGUUUUAUGUUGUAAAAAUCUAGGUUUGCAGAUCAGAAUCCGAAGUGGUGGUCAUGAUUACGAUGGACUUUCAUAUGUAUCACAAGUCCCAUUCGUUGUCCUCGACAUGUCUAAUCUCCGUUCCAUUGAUAUAGACAUCAAAGAUGAAACUGCUUGGGCUCAGGCAGGUGCAUCUCUCGGUGAACUUUAUUAUAAAAUUGCUGAGAAAAGUAACGUCCAUGGAUUCCCAGCUGGCGUCUGCCCUACACUGGGCCUUGGAGGACACAUUUCAGGAGGAGGGUAUGGGAACAUGAUGAGAAAAUAUGGUCUUUCCAUUGACAAUGUUGUUGAUGCACAAAUUGUUGAUGUCAAGGGUAGAAUUCUCGACAGAAAAUCAAUGGGAGAAGAUCUAUUUUGGGCCAUCAGAGGAGGAGGUGCGGCGAGCUUUGGAGCCGUUCUUUCCUGGAAAAUAAAAUUGGUUGCUGUCUCUGAACGAGUCACCGUUUUCCAAGUUGUUAGAAGUAUUGAUCAGCAAGGUGGCACUGACCUUGUUUUGAAAUGGCAACAAGUUGCAGACAAGCUAGAUCAAGACCUGUUCAUUAGAUUAGUGCUGCAACCUGCCAAUGGAGCUCAACAAGGCAAGAAGACCAUAAACGCAAUAUUCGUCGGCAUGUUUCUCGGCGACGCAGAAAGACUCCUGCCAUUGAUGGAAUCCAAUUUUCCUGAACUGGGUUUACAGAAGAAUGACACUACUGAAAUGAGAUGGAUUGAAUCUGUUGUAUUCUGGGUUGGGAUGCCAAAAGGAACUCCAAUCGAAGCUUUACUCAACAGAACUUAUUCAAAGGCAAUGCUGAGUUACUUGAAACGUAAAUCAGACUACGUGAAGCAACCCAUUUCAAAGAAAGAUUUGGAAUCAUUAUGGAAACUCAUGACUGAAAUCGGCGAAGUGGGAAUGACAUGGAAUCCUUACGGGGGAAAAAUGAAUGAAAUUUCAGAGACAGAAACUGCAUUUCCACACAGAGCUGGAAACUUAUAUAAGAUUCAGUAUUCUGUGAAUUGGAAAGAAGAAGGUUCUGAAAAAGCCAACCACUACCUGAAUUUGACGAGAACACUUUACGAAGCCAUGACCCCUUAUGUAUCGAAGAAUCCAAGGGGAGCAUUUCUCAACUAUCGAGAUAUUGAAAUCGGCACCAUUGGCAGCAGUGGAAAUGGUACGUUCCAGGAAGCAAGCGUUUAUGGUCGCAGUUACUUCAACGGUAACUUCGACAGAUUGGUGAGUGUAAAGACAGCAGUUGAUCCAGAAAAUUUCUUCAGAUAUGAACAGAGUAUUCCAAUUCAAUCGAGAUCGUCCAAGGUCAAAGUUGGGUCAUUGUAAAUAUUGCAUUAACUAGCUAGGUAGCUUAUAUUUCUGCGUAUUCCUCACUGUGUUAUCGUUUUUUUAUUAUUAUUAUUAUUUUUUUUAUUGGAUACUCUAUUGUAAA